UCAGAAGAGCAGAAACACGAGAGAGAGUGAGAUUCAAUGAGCUUCGGUUUUUCGCACAAAACCGCAGAGCAAAUUUAAUGAGUGGUUGUUUUAUCCUGGAGGAGACCGGCUGAUAGUCUGUUGUGCGAAUAACGAGGCAGUGCCGCGAACUUCUUAAAGAGAGCGACCUAGUCCGCGACUCAGCCAGAUAGGUAACCCUAAAUUUAUGUUCGAUUUCCAACAAUUUUAAGACGUUUGGUUGCUGUCAUAUUUAUCGACCAAAAUACUGAUUUUGGCUGGAUCGAUUUUUUUCCUUUCGCCGCCGUGAUUUUUUUCCGAUUGCCAUGGAAAACAACGGAUCGAUUCAGAGGCUAUUUGGCAAUACGGAGAGAUCGGCGGAGAUUCAUUGGAACGCAAGCUCUUUGGAUUACAACUAUUUGGAACGUAGACAUUAAAUUCUUUAUGGGGCAAUUAAUCAGAUCGGGAUGCGAGGAUUGGAGCGGCAGAGUUAAGCGAAAUCAAUGACGCAGACUUCAAAGAACAAUUCAGUGUUUGUAUCAAGGAGCUCAGCCUGGGAAAUUGGAAAAGAGGUCGGGCUGGUCAGGGUACUUAAAGCUGACCUCGAUAUUUCUGUGUGGCGCUCGAAGGACAGAACCAGCUUCUUCAAAAUUCCAAUGAUACUGCUAAUGUACGAAGUAGGCGUCAAUGCCAUUGUCAAAAGAAAUCAGGCGGCAGAUGCUAUGGAGGAAGUCUCUUGCUUCCUUGUCGGUUCCGUGCAGGCACCUGACUGGCAUCCAUUCAGCUUAAGCUCCGUUAAUUACUUGUGCAGGCGAUGGAAUGGUUAAAUGGAGAACUAUUGUACAUUUUGGCCACGGAUGUUUCCCACCAUCAAUCCCACGGGUAGCACCACCCAAAACUUGUUGCUUAGUCACCAUUGUCGUCUCCUGGAAUUGUACCAUGAGGAAGGAGUCCCCUGCCAAAUCCCCUAGUUCCUUGCGAAAGAAUAAGCGGGAAGAAAGAACAAGGGGAUGGUCUCCCAAUCAAAUCCUUCCCUGGUCUGCUUGUAAAGGGGGGAAUUAAUUCCUCAUAUAUGGGGUCCCUUUGGACUAGCUAAUUGCCAGGAAGGAAGAAAAUUGAGAGUCUCAAUUUAAUGCAAGCUUAUUCGUCAUAAACUCCGGUGGUUAUAUUUCUAGCACUAACCACUCGAGCCCUAUGAUUGGAGGAUGGCAAUGGUUGGUCCUCUUUUGCGGCAACGAAAAAAAUUGAGUGUACAACGGCCUUCUCAUUAUGGAAUAAAGGGAAUCAAGUGCGGAAUCAGCUCACUGAGCCGAGCAUAGCAUAGAGAUGAAGGAAGAGGACAAGAAGAACUAGGUUUUCAAAUGGACUAUUUUCAAAUGUGCCCUCUUACAGCAAAUUGUUCAAGAAAUAGGAAAGCUACGCGUGGUGCUAUUUGCUGUGAAUUCAGAAGGCAAUGACUUCUUGAAAGAGGUAAGAAUUUCAACCUUACUUGUGAGUCAUUUAUGAAUGACAAAAUUAGAAUAUAUUCAAUAGAUCUUUGAGCAUACAAUUGAGAACUCUGGUGAAUGCUAGAGAAGAAGCUAGAAUUGAUGCAUGAAUAGGUUGAUAGUGAGAUGUGUUAUGCUUAAUGAUUAGAGUACAACUUAGUAUACAUGGAGUAAUUUUGAAUGCAUAUUCCAUGGUAAAUGUGCUAGUGAAAUAGGUUGUAUGCCCAUAUUAAUUUUUCGAAGAAGUACUGAUUGUCAGUACUAAGCGAGUCAUUCGUGCGAUUCUGAAAUGUAAAAGGUUCAAGAAUAAAAGUAGCAAACCGAACCAGACCUUACACCAACCAGAAUGGUACCCUCUUGGUAACCAAUGCAUACUAAGACAUAUGCUAUUAAGAAAGUGUUGUUGAGUACUACUCACUCCACUAUUGGUCAUGGUCAUGAGGUAUGCAUAUGAUGAUAAAGUGAAAUGACUCUUAAAUAUGUGAUUAGAGAAUCAGAAUCUUUGGAUUUGAUUCAUUUUGAAAUGGGUGAACGAGAAUAAUGUGAAAUGCUUUAU